GGUAGCUCUCUGUUCCACUCCCGACAGUCCCGACCAGACGAGACGAUUGUAAUUGUUUAUCUGACAUUAUGGCCGAAGAAAGUAAUGUACUGUUUGUAAGAGGGAACGGCAAUAAAAGUGACGAAGAAGAUGUUUGGGACGACUCUGCAUUGAUACAAGCGUACGAUAGAGCUGUAAACUUGGCCAAGGAGGAAGUAGCAAAGCGUAUCGCCAUGGACACUCAGGACCGGCAGAUUAAACAAAAGCCAAAGAAUUCCAAUUAUUCGAGUCACACAAAAAAGCCUUUCAAGAAGUGGAUUGUUGGCGCUCCAUGCCGUGCUGUAUAUCCUGCGGAUGGACAACUAUACGAAGCCAUUGUAUCGCAUGUUGAUCCAAAUUCUGGCAUGUGUACAGUGAAAUUUGUUGGAUAUCAGAAUAUAGAAACGGUACAAGUAAAUUCACUUCUCGAAUCUGAAGGAUUGCAAAGUCAAAUCGCCCAGCAGAAGAAUGCGUUGAAAGGAAAGGUUGAUGAAAGAGUAGAUUCCGACACCCCCAUCUAUAUUCCUAGUGUACAGGAUUCCAAACAGAUGAAUGGCGAAAGAAUGGAUUAUGAUACAGAGGAUCCCAGGUCAUUUAAAAAGAAUUUCAUGCCUGGAUUUGAACGUUUCAAUCCAGCGAUAGACACGAUGCCACCCGCACCGCCCUUACCACCACUAAUGGCCAAGUUGCCCGAAACCGAUGCAGAUGCAUUAUCUAGUAUGUUGAUGUCGUGGUAUAUAAGUGGAUUUCACACAGGUUAUUAUCAUGGGUUAAAACAGGCUAAAAUUAAUCAGCAAAAAAGAAAAAACUAUCAGUAGUCUUUGUAUGAAAAUAAUAAUUUAUCCAUCAUUUUUACGUUUACCUAUUGUAUUAAUUAAUACAUUGGAAAUCAAUAAAAGCUUAGGCUUGUAUUACAUAAUACUUUUAGAUGGUAAAAAAAGUAAGGAAACCUGGAAAGAUAUGAUAUACAUAUGUAUGAGAUAAGAAUAUACAUACAUAUAUUCAUA